AAACGCAAAGGAAAAGCCAGAAACCCUACCACUAGUCACUGAAAGAUUGCGAUUCGCAGCCAGAGAAGUGACAUUGUCGUUCAGUUACGUUUAAGCUCCACAGCAGCAGUGAGUUUGAAACCCUUGCUUUCCGGGAGAAGAUUGUGUCAGUUUGGUCGAGAGAUGAGCUAUUUUAGUGUCAAGAUACACCAUGGGGGGAAGUUCGGGUUUGAUGGUGAACCUUUACACUAUGUGGGGGGUGAGACUUCGAUAGUGGACUACUGUGAUGAAGAUAGGUGGAGCAGGUUCGAGGCUAUGGAGAUAGUGCUCGAACAGGGAUAUGUGGUAGAGAAUAUCGCUGCAAUGUGGUAUAAGUCUCUGAACGAUGAAACAGAUGUAGGGUUGAGGAUGCUUCACACAGACAAGGAUGCCAUGGACAUGGCUAGAAUUGGAAUGAGGGACAACAUGGUGGAGCUUUUUGUUGUGCACAAAGAUUCUACUACUACUAGGAAAGGCUGCACUAUUGAGGAAAUUGAAGAGAUAGAUGGUGAUGAGGCUGCUGCACCCACUGCAGACACUAUUGGGCCUGGUCCAAUUGUGUUGCACAAGGCCCAGUUGCACAAGGCCCAAUCUGUUGCUCAGGCCAAGGUGGGUGAGAAGCCCAAUGUGGUGACAAAAGCCCAGAAUGAUGUGCUGGAGGAUGGUGAUGAAGAGAGGUCAGAGGGGUCAGAUUUCUCAGGUGAUGAAGAAUCUGAGGAUGAUGACUACCAGCCAGGAAUUGAUGAUGAGGGGGACAGUGAUGAACAAUGGAGUGAAAAUAGCUCUGGAGAUACUGAUCUGCAUGUUGCAUUUGAUGACAGCGAUGAUGAUUGGAAUGCUGAUGGGGGUUUGUAUGAUGUUGAAGUCACAACUACAAAAGAUCCUCAAAGGCCGAAACAGAGUGUUCCAACUGAGAGAGAACAAGGAGAGCAAAGUGGCAGUGUUAAUAAGGGUAAAGAGCAAGUGGUGGCUGCUGGAUUAAGGGAUGAGGAUGAUGGGUAUGACAGUGAGGGGUUGUGGGAUGUCCCUGUAAGUGAUGAUGAAGGGGAUCCCUUGUUCAGGAGGUACCCGGUGUAUAAGGGAUUGAAGAAUAUGAAGGAGUAUAAAUGGGAGGUUGGGACAAUGUACGUAGAUAGGAAUGCUUUUAAAGAAUGUGUAACGAGCUAUGCCGUGCACAGUGGUAGAGGAAUAUGGUUCUCGAAGUGUGAUAGCCACCGGUGCAAAGCUGUUUGUAAAGAAGGUUGCAAGUGGUUUGCUUACUGCCAUAAGAUGAAGCGAGAGGAUUCAUGGCAACUGACAAGCUGUUACAAGAAACACACAUGCUCUAAGGCCACCAAGAUUGGUAUAAUGAGUUCUCAGUGGCUAAGUAAGGCUUUUAUGAAGAAGAUCUGUGAAAACCCGAAAAUCAAGUUGAGAAGUUUGAUAAAGAAGGCUCAUAGCAAGUGGAAUGUGGAUCUCACAAUGACCAAAGCUGCCAGAGUGAAGCAGCAAGCCCUGGAUGAAAUUAAUGGUACUUACGGAGAGUAA